UGACCCUCUCUUGUUCUGAUCUGCCUCUGACAGCUUUGAACCUCCGUGUCGAAGAAAACAGGCAUCCGGAAAUCAGAAAGACUAAAGUACACUCAAGCUGAGAAGAGUGGAUUUACCAUUUAGUAACUGUGAGGCACCUGCCAAAAUUGCUUCUGGAGAAUGUCAGAAUUCCAAAGAAAUGCAGGAAACAUUCCUUCAGAGAAAGCUCUUGAUGAAGCUAUUGCUCAUUUUCUCAAAGAAUUCCCUGUCAAGAAAGAAGAGAUUGAGGCGUGCAUCCAAUGCCUUCGGGAAAGGGCAGACGACAUUGACAAGACCCAUAAGGAUUGCACCAUUGCCAGCAUUACUGCCAGCUCUGUAAGUGGAGUUUCUGGUAUCCUGUCCAUCGUGGGACUGGCUUUGACCCCUGUAACAGCAGGCGCAAGUUUAAUCCUGACAGCCACAGGCAUGGGCUUAGGGAUAGCGUCAGGAGUAACUAGCAUUUCUGCUGGUGUGUCCGAGCGCAUUAUUCAUUCAAUGGAGCAGAAAAAAUCGCAAGAACUGAUAAACGAAUGUGAGGAAAGCCUAAGAAUGGUGCUGAGCCUCGAGAAAAUUGGUUUCAACUAUCAACUGCCCCCAGAUGACGCUAAUCUGGAAGUAGCCAAAGCGGCAUUCGCUUCGGGUUGUGCUGUUGUUAAGGGCAUUCCACGUGUGGUUGACAAAGCGACAGACCUUGUAGCACAUGUAGAGGCAUUGGCGAUAGCUAACGCCAAUCCUGCUUUGAAGGCUUUGGCCAAGAAAGCAAGUACAGUAGAGACUGUAGCCAGGAAUGCAAUCAAGGGAAUUGAUCAGGUUGAUGAGGCAUUUAAAGGAACCGCCCUCGCAGCGAGCAAGUCUGCUAGAGUGGCAGGGGGUGUGUUGUCUGGGUUGUUUCUUGCAGUGGAUGCUGUCUGCAUUGCUAAGGAUGCCAUACACUUGUCAAAAGGUGCCAAGACCGAAAAGGCAGAUGAGCUCAGAGCCAAGGCUAAUAAGUUGGAGGAGAUGGUGCAGAAUCUGACAAAGUUCUACAUGGAACUGAAAGAAGAAUGGGACUGAAAUGGACCCCAACCACAUUGUGUUAACCUCAGCCCAGGCAGCAGACAUGAUUAUUCCUCCUUCUGGAUAGUAAU